AUGUCGAUUCCGCCGAUAGACACCGACGUCAUUCGUUUCCUGAAGAGACCACGGUUUCCUCCUGUCGAGGAAGAUGAACAUGAAGAAGAAGAAGACGACGACGAGGAUUACAACACCGCAAUUAUCGACGGGGAAGAAGAAGAAGACGACGACGAAGACGACGAGGAGGAGGAGGAGAUAGGGGAAGAAGAAAAUGAAGAUGUUGAAAUCAACGAUGACGUUGGUGGAACGAGAAUGGCGACUAUUGGUAACGAUUCCGAGGAUGUGAUAACGGAGGCACAAUCUCGAAGAUCUGUAAGCAGCAGCCCGAGUGGAUCUUCAUCGCAACAAUCCGUAAAGCUGAAAUGCUCCGAAGUUCUCGAUUGUCCUACUUGCUGCGAGCCAUUGAAGAAACCGAUUUAUCAGUGUACUAAUGGCCAUAUAGCUUGUUCGUCGUGCUGCAAGAAAUUGAAGAGGAAAUGCCCAUUCUGCAGAUCACACAUCGGCGACAUCCGAUGCAGAGCAAUGGAGAAAGUGCUCGAAGCAUCCAUAGUCCCGUGUCGAAACGCAGUGUACGGGUGCAGAGAAACCAUAUCGUACGGAGACCAAUCGAGCCACGAGAAGCGCUGUGUAUUCAUCCGCUGCACCUGCCCUUUGUCACACUGCAACUACACUGGCUCCUACUCCGAUCUUAAGCAACACGCUCGUUCUUCGCACUCGUGGGACGCGGAGAAUCUCAUCCCGUUUGUGUUCGAUGCUCCUCAGAUCUUUAGCAUGAAUCUCUGUAAGAGGAAGAUGACUGUCUUUCAGGAAGAGAAAGAAGGUGAUCUUGUUGUGGUUCAGGCUUUGAAAGGUUCGCACGGCGUGUAUAUGACCGUGAGCUGUAUCGCUCCUAUGGCGCGGGAAGUACACGAACUCUCGUGCAGUUUAGCGAAACUCAAUGCGUAUACUACGCUGAAACUGGGACUGAUGGUGAAGAAGAUUCAGAAAGUGGAAGAGCAACAAGAGCCUAAAGAUGACUUCAUGUUGAUUCCUUCUUAUAUGUUGAGUGGUGAUCACAUGAAGAUGCAGAUUUGUAUUGGUAGUGAAUUUAAGUAUGUUCAUAUCUAA